GCCCAAGCAGAGUGCUCCUCGCAGGCGGAGUGGAGGGUCGGCGUGCGUUUGGGCCCUGAGCUCGCUGGUGCCCUCGCCUCGCCACCAAAAAACCAGGGCGGUGCGAAGAAACACAAACGGCUUUGGAGCUCAGCGUCUCCCACUCGUUUGCCUGCCGGAGCCCUCCUCGCUUUGCAGCCAUGUCUGUCGAGCUAGAAGAAGCCGACCUGCCGCUGACCGAGGCGGAAGAGGCGCCGCUGGCUCCGGAGAAGAAAGGCGCGUCGAAGAAAGCCAAGGGAGGCGGUUCGGCCCUCUCCCCUUCCAAGAAGAAGAAGAACAGUAAGAAGAAGAACCAGCCGGGCAAAUACAGCCAGCUGGUGGUGGAGACGAUCCGCAAGCUGGGCGAGCGGAACGGCUCCUCGCUGGCCAAAAUCUACAACGAGGCCAAAAAAGUAGCCUGGUUCGACCAGCAGAACGGGCGGACCUACCUCAAGUACUCCAUCAAGGCGCUGGUGCAGAACGACACUUUGCUCCAGGUGAAGGGGACCGGCGCCAACGGCUCCUUCAAGCUCAACCGGAAGAAGCUGGAGGGCGGCCACGAAGGGGGAGCCGGGGGCGGCGGAGGAGGAGGAGGUUCGGGCUCCCACGCCAAGUCGCACAAGAAGGCGGCGGCGGGGGCCUCCUCGGCGGCGUCCACUUCGCGGAAGGUGGUGGAGAAGAAGCCUGUGGCCAAGAGCAAAAAGCUGGAGAAGAAGUCGCACAAGAAAGGCGGCGGCGUCGCGGGCGGGGCCGCCAAGAAGGACAAGGUGAAGGCCAAGAAGACGGCCAAGAAAAGCGCCGCCUCGCCCAGUGCCAAGAAGGUGAAGAAGUCGGCCAAGCCCAAGGCGCUGAAGAGCAGGAAGUGAACGGCUCUUGAGGGGGCGGGGGGGGCGGGCGAGGAGGAUGAUGAUGAGGGAAGGGGGCCGCCGAGGCCCUCCUCGCCUUGGACUAAAUUUGGAGCGAGCCCCGAGACAUUGGACUUGACGCUCCAAGCACAGACGAACGUUACCUUUAUCGGUGGUGUUUUGUGUUGCUCUCUUUAGCAGCAUAUAUAUAUGUGUAUAUUUCCCUGGAGGAGGGGGGUGAGAGAGGACGGGGGUGUUCGGAUAGCACUUUUCCUCCGUAAUCACCCCUUAGUGGGUUCCGUUUUUUUUUUUUAUCCGCAUUUUAUUCGCUGCUUGGGACACCUUUCUCCCGCUUCCCUUCCUUUAAACAAAAUAACGGGAUGGUUAUCGUGGGACCUGCUUCAGGCUUCGCCUUUUCUUUCGCGCUUAUCAGCGGCUUUAACUGAUCACUUCUGCCCCCCCCCCAAAAAAAACCCUCCCUCCGGCUCCCAAUUCCAGGGGGAAAGCGGGGGGGGGCUGGUCUCCGGGUGGCUUCCGUGGGUUUGGGCUCCAUCCGUCCUGGGCGGCCCCCUCUUAAGAUGGCUGGGGCGCCAUGGCAACGGCUCCCGGAGCCCCUCCCUUCCCCGGAAAAGAGGAAAGGGGCUCGGCGCUCUCGGUUGCCUCGGCGUCUGCCUGCGGGACCGAAGUGACGAGCAACGGGGGGGCGGUUCUGCCUUGGAGGGGCCCAGCCCAGCCCGCUGCCGGUGGGAUGGGGGAGGCGGCGGCGGCGGCGGAGGGCCAAUCUCUACCGGGUAGGGAGGGCGCGUUCUUGAAGGUCUCCCCCCAUUUCCUUUCCCUGCCAGCUCUUGUACUGCCUCUCUGGGCCUCUUCAGUUGCCUUUUUUAUAUCCUUUUGUGUCGGGCAGGGGGGGUUGUUUUUGUUUUGUUCAAUAAAUGGUUUUAAAAGA